GUUUGAACUCAUUUUUUUUUUUGCGGACUGUUCGUUAUUUUCUGUUUACAAUCCUUCCUAAACUCAAAAUACGCCUAAUCAGCAGCAUUUUUGCGGCAACAUAGGAAACGUUUUUUCCUUAUUAAAAGGAGGUAUUAUAAUAUGUAAUAGAGGAUAAUCUAAGACCGUGGGUGGCAGGGUAGAAAGUUGCCCAACCCUAUCUUUUAAGACCCUACCACCCUUACCUUAGUACCUUCUCUACGAUCUUAAUUCGUGGUUUACAUGAUCGAAGGUAUAAGAAUAUAAUUCUUAUUAUCAUCAUUGUUAACACAACCUCCUUGGUUUUUUUUUAAUCAGUUAACCGCCAUAAAAAGUAAUGAAAAUGAAAAGUGGAAGUUAUGAGUUGUAGACUGUUGUCUUGUACUACAAGUGAGAACGAAGUAGACGAUUCAAACGUUUGAAUGUGUAGUGUGUUCAGUCAUUUACAGAGCACAGACCACAUUCAAUCACUGUUUACUGUCACUUCAAGUCUCUUACACUACAGUGUUGGUGUCUAUUAACCAUUUGAUACUCAACAGUUUUGUCAUUCUGUCUAUCAAUUAUCUUAUUUUAAUUUGUAUUUAAUAUAACUUGGUAUUGUAUUUAAUCUACGUUUUAUUGAUUUUUAUUAACUGGUAAUUAAAAUAUUAAUAAUGUCUGAUUUUGACUCUGUGGUUACUUUGCUGAAGAAAUAUAAUCAAGAACAUAUCAUUAAGUUUUGGGAAAAACUAAAUGAAAAAGAAAAAAAAAUCCUACUGGAAGAUAUUUAUGAAGUGAACAUUCCAGAUGUACUUGAAAUGUUUAACAGAACUGUUGAAAACAUGAAUACCAAUCAACAAAAAUUAGAUGCUAGAAUGAAUCCAAUAUCUGCUGAACUAUAUGGUGCUGUAAGUCGUAGUCCAAUAGAUAUUUUAAUUAAAUAUGAGCAAAUUGGACUUGAGAAAAUUUCUCAAGGUAAAGUUGGAGUCUUGUUAAUGGCUGGUGGGCAAGGUACACGGCUUGGAGUUAACUAUCCUAAAGGUAUGUAUGAUAUAGGUUUGCCUUCUCAAAAAUCAUUGUACCGUAUACAAGGGGAACGUAUUUGUCGAUUAAUUAGUUUAGCCAGUAAAACAUAUGGAAGCUGUAAAGGUUUACCAUGGUUUAUAAUGACUAGUGAACAUACUAUGGAACCUACACGUAAAUACUUCAAAGAUAAUAAAUACUUUGGAUUAGAUGAAAAUAAAAUAUUUUUUUUUGAGCAAUAUAUGUUACCAGCAUUUACAUUUGAUGGAAAAAUAAUAAUGGAAAGUAAAUAUAAAAUAUCUAAAUCUCCAGAUGGCAAUGGUGGAUUAUAUAAAGCAUUGCGAGAUCGUCUUGUAUUAGAUAAUAUUAAAAAGUUAGGCGUGGAAUACCUUCAUGCUCAUAGUGUGGAUAAUAUAUUAGUUAAAGUAGCCGAUCCAGUAUUUAUUGGUUACUGUAUAACAAAGAAUGCUGAAUGUGGAGCUAAAGUAGUUGAAAAGGCAUAUCCAUCUGAACCACUAGGUGUUGUAUGUGAAGUUGAUGGAAAGUUUCAAGUUGUUGAAUAUAGUGAAAUCACUGAAAAUACUGCUGAGAAACAAAAUCCAGAUGGUCGAUUAACUUUUUCUGCUGGUAAUAUUUGCAAUCAUUUUUUUACAGCAGAUUUUUUGAAUAAAAUUGCACAUCAGUAUAACAAUAAAUUGAAAUUACAUGUGGCUAAAAAAAAGAUCUCAUAUGUGGACAAUGAUGGAAAUGAAUGCAAACCAGAAAAACCAAAUGGUAUCAAAAUGGAGAAGUUUAUAUUUGAUGUAUUUGAGUUUUGUAAUCGUCUUGCUGUAUGGGAAGUAGAAAGAGACGAAGAAUUUAGUGCGUUGAAGAAUGCAGAAGUCCUUGGAGGACAAGAUAAUCCUAAAACAGCACGUUUAGAUGUGUUUUCUCUUCAUAGAAAAUUUGUUGAAAAAGCAGGAGGGAAAUUUGUAAGAGAUAAUAUUGAAUGUGAAAUUUCGCCUUUGUUAUCUUAUGCUGGUGAAGAUCUGGAACAUUUGGUUAAUGGUAAAAUCUAUAACUCUUUACUGGAAUUAAAAUCUUCUGAAGAAUUGUGUAGUACUGGUUGUAAUGGAAAUUGAAUUUUUAACUUUUGUAUUAAAUAAAUAUUUAAUUUUCCAAGUGAUUAUUAUAAAAAUGUAUAUAGCUAACAUUAAACUAAUUUUUUUUUAGAAAUGACUAAAUUACUUUAUCUUUUUUUUCGAAUUUUAAUUCACACAAUUGGGAUUAGCUACUUUAAUACUCUGUUAUAUUUGUUACUUUAAUUAUUAUAAUUGUUAUCUUGUAAUAUUAUUAAUAUUGUUUAAUAUUGUUUUUUUUUUUUUUUAAAUAUUUUAAUAGUUUGUUAAUUUAUUUUAAUAAUAAAAUGUACCUUUGUAAAAAAAUGUUUAUAUUCUGAACAAAAAUUUCCUUAACUGUAUAUUAAUAAUAUUAUAUUGAUUAUUUGAAUAUUUUUUUACUUUUUUUAACUAACUACUAUGGUUAUUUUGUUUUGAUUAAAAUUAUUGAUGAAAUAUUUGUUUGUAUAUAAUAUAUUUAAAAUACGACUUAUAAUGAAC